AAAAAAAAAAAAAAUAAAAUGGUGAAAACAAAGUGGGUGUACUACUUAAAUAAAGAGGAGCUUGUGACCUAUACGACGGAGUUCGGCCUUGACAAUUCGGGGACCGUCGAGGAGCUGCGUAAACGCCUCUCUACAUUUGUACAAGAGGAAGGGGAGACUGAGAACCAUCGCGAUCGGGUCACUGAUUUAGCGCUUAAGCAUACGAGGUCUACAAGCGCGGGGAACGCACCAACACCGAAGAGACCCGAAGUGCUACUACUACCGCCUACACAACAACCCAUCAACGACGACAGCACAAGAGGAACGCCGAACGUGUCCAUGUAUCCAGUAUACGUCGACUCACAACGAUCAGCCCCAACUAUCAUGGACCGCGUACGCAAAUGGGGCGUCAAAUACGAUGGCGGCAAGGACCCGCUGGGUUUCAUCGAACGCGUCGAAGAAUUAGCCGACGGGUACGAGAUAGAAAGAGACGCACUUCCACGAGCAUUACCCGAGUUAUUUAAGGAUAGAGCCCUCGUCUGGUUACGAAACAAUCACGGCCACUGGAGAGACUGGGAGACGUGUAAGCGAGAUUUCCUGAAGUUCUUCCUGAAUUCCCGGUAUUUCGAAAGACUCGAUGAUGAGAUACGGCAGCGUGUUCAACGGCCCAGAGAGGCAUUUAAGGACUAUGUACUAGCGCUACAAGGGCUAAUGCGUCAUUCCGACUAUACGGAGGCACAAAAGCUUCGACGCAUCUAUAAGAACUGCCGAAGCGAAUACCAGCUGUAUAUUAAGCAAACUGAAUUCAACACUCUUGGAGAUUUGGUAAGUCUGGCCGAAGACUACGAGAAUAUUGUAGCAGAGAAGGAGUCGCAACGAGCAUUGCCCCGCGCAAUAACCCCGAGACGAAAUGAGGAGCGCAACUACACUAUCCGAGAGGAGCAGCGAAGAGAGAGGCAUACGAUGCCAGCCAGACGGCACGAUGGAACCGAUUUUGCGCCACCUACGGGACACCAACGUAAAAGCGAAGGAUCUAGCCGAGUAAACCCACGAACGGCGUGCAGACGAUGCGGCGAAGACGGACAUUUCGCCUACGAAUGUCGCAACGAUAUCCAGCAAUUCUGUUGGACGUGUGGUCGGCGGAACAUUCGAACUUCAGACUGUUGCCGUGGGAAACAGGGAAACGGCCAAGGACCCCAUUCGCGACGAAGAGUGGGGUCUCCACUAAUGUAACCUCAGUCAAUGUA